GAAGGCCACAACACCCACAACAAUCUUUUGAGAGUUAGCUAAAGAGAGCAAAGGUUAUUACCACCGAAGGGCAGACGCGACACCCGUAAUUGCAGUGGCUGCUGUUUACUAGAUUCCUGUGAAGGGCACAGCGAAUCCACAAAUCAGACAGGAUGCCCAAGAGCAAAAGAAACAAGAUCGUCCCUCUCACAAAGGUGAAGAAGAAAACGAAGGAGUGGAAAGAGGGCAUCAUUACAAGCGUCAGGAACUUCGUAGACCAGUACCCUAGCAUCUACUUGAUAAAAUAUGAAAACAUGAGAAAUGACAAAUUCAAGGAAUUGAGGGAGGAGAAACUUGAUACCAGCAGGUUUUGCCUGGCUUCCAACAAGGUCUUGAGGGUGGCGUUGGGCCAUGAUGAGACAGAUGAGUAUCGCAAGAACCUUGCCCUACUCUCCGACGAAAUUACUGGGAGUGUUGGGCUCUUCUUCACACAGCUGCCUCAUGACCAGGUGCUGACACUCUUCGAGGAGUUUGAAGAGCUGGACUAUGCGCGGGCGGGAAGCAGGGCAACAGAGGACUUUGAGCUGGUGGCUGGGCCGCUGAAUGGGCCAUUGGGACCUCUGCCACACACUGUGGAACCUCUGCUGCGCAAGUAUGGCCUGCCCACCAAGCUGAACAAGGGUGUGGUCGAACUCGUCUCAGACGUCACUGUCUGCAGAGCUGGUGACAUGCUGACGCCCAACCAAGCUGCCUUGCUGCGUGUCUUCGAGAUCAAGAUGGCAGCCUUCCGCAUGUACCCAAUUGGCCACUGGCACGCUGAAGACCAGAUGUAUCACGAGAUACCCCAACCAGCUCAGGAGCAUCCGAUAGGCAUUGAAGGGGAGGAAGAGCAUUUUUCUGAUUGAGAAGUGGUGAAGAGCUCUUCCCUUCAGGCAUUUUCUUGCAGCUUGGUGGGGUGGGAAAGAGGUCACUUCUUGUUGUUUUGUGAGGGGUUCCUCCCCAACUUCAUGAAUAUCUAGAAAAGCAUGAUUGCCUGUUGUUGAGUCUGGGGCCAGCCCUAGGGGCUGUUCAGCACCACUAGGUGUCACACAACCAACUUCAUGUGUUCAUGAGCAGCUCUACCUCACUUGUGGGUGUCCAUGCUGGUGCCGAUGGAUCAGAUAUCGAUAUCCUGGAGUUGCACUUGUUCACGCAAUCCUGACUGAUUUUGCUAUCUUCUUGUCAACGGUUGCAUAUGUGAUGAUUUGUUUGAGGCCACAUGGAGUAGCCAUGGAUCUUUGGUUCUUCUCAGAAAUAAAGUGCAUCUCUCCGCACCCCUCAGGCUGAAGCACCAUGACGAUGGAGUGUAGAUCAAAGUAGAUCGCCUGGGUUAUCAUGACGGAGGUGCUGAUCAGCGCCUAAAAGGAUGACAAGCAAGCUUGCAGCUCCUGAAAUGGACUGUGUUGU